GAGUGACGUUUCCUACAACCAGGUGCGCUGCAUGCUUGACUUCGCCAUCGCUCUGAUGAGCAAACUGGAAAACAUCAACAUGCACUCAUUCAACAACUUCAAACUCAGGAUUGGCAUUAAUCAUGGGCCUGUGAUCGCGGGCGUCAUCGGUGCUCAUAAACCUCAGUAUGAUAUUUGGGGAAACACAGUGAACGUGGCCAGCCGGAUGGACAGCACUGGAGUCCUGGACAAAAUACAGGUGACGGAGGAGACGGCGCAGGUGGCCCAGACUCUGGGUUACUCGGUGACCCAGAGAGGAGUGGUCAAUGUGAAAGGUAAAGGUCAACUGACCACAUACUUCAUCAACACGGAGCACACGCCAGCCAAUCACACGCCUGUCUGAACACACACCCGCUGCAUCAGUGUUUCACUAAGGUCCUGUAGGCUGAGUUCAUUUAUUGUAUGUUGAAGUUUACCUUAAUGGUUCAUCUAUUUUUAUAAAUGACGCAAGAGUCUGUGGCCUUCAUAAACUUUCAAAUGACUUUAGUUUUGUAUGGAAUUCCCUGUAUUUUGUUAUUUAUUACUGUUUGGUAACGUGUAUUUAAUAUUUUGUAUGUUCAGUGAAUGUGUCUAUUAAAAUGUUUGAUAGAAAA